ACAGCUGAAGUUCGUGAAGUUUUUGGGGAGUUUGACACUUUUCUUCAUGUCUGCUAGCAAUGAGUCUAAAAUGGUUCUUAAAAGCAAAAUCUCAUUGUUUCUCCUCAUCUUUUCAUCUAUGAUUGGUCUUGUAGUGAUGACAAGUGGAAAUCAAACAAUUUCAUGUAAUAGUCGGUGUCUAGCAAAUUCUAUAAUUGCUAAGAAACUGAAGAAUGCACCGCAGGGUGAUAACUGUGACGUCUCUGUUACCAUCACUUCAAUACAGUAUGAGAUGCUGUCUUUUGAUACAAAGGACAUGCAAAUGAACAACCUUAUCAAGUUAAACUUGCGUUGGAGGGAUCCUGAGCUUGGGUGGAAUAAAACAAUAAAUAACAUUUCUGCAAUUUUGUUGCCGGUUGAUAAAAUCUGGACUCCUGGGAUAGUUUUUGAGAAUGCAAUAUAUGAAACUGAAAAGCCAUACACUAGUGAUGUAAAAGUAACUCAGAAUGGAAAUGUGGACCAUGCAAUUAUCGUUUCCUUGGGAGUAAGCUGUGACAUCAGCCUUUUUUACUACCCCUUUGUGGUUGGGGAGUGUAGUGUGGGCAUUAAUGGAUGGAACCAGAGUGGUUGUGGGCUUACACUCAAGCUUCCUGGUAAAGAUAACUUAUCUUUGAUUGGAGGUUCUGAAGGAGAGUGGAUGGUAGUGAGCGUGCAAGUAACAAACGAUAUACUGUUUGAAAACCGCACCUAUCUCUCAGUCAAGUUAUCCAUUAAUCCUUUCAGCGCUACUAUGACCCUGAUCCUUCCCAGUGUACUGAUAAUGCUGGCCGACCUGGUGAGCUUUGCUUUGCCUGUUUAUGGAGGAGAACGCAACAACCUGAAGGUCACAUUGGUCCUGAGCUUAACCAUGUUCCUCCUCAUCCUCAACGACCGUCUUCCCAGUGGUGGAAGGUGUAGCCCUCUCCUUCAUUAUCACUUCUGCUUCUGUCUGGUCUCUUUGGUCUUGAGUAUGGUGGCUUCCAUAGUGCUAACACGCCUGGCUUUAGAAGACAACAUCAUGUUUUGUAGACACUCGAAGAGCACCAAAAAAAAGCAUUGCAGAAUGGAUCAGGUAGAAGAGAUUGAUGCGAUUGCAACAACCAAGUCUGAUGAUCUGGCUUCAGAGACGGCUUCACUCCAGAAAAUAGUGAACUUUUUGGAGAACAUUGAUUAUAAAGAGGAAGUGACAGAUAGCAAUGAGGAUUUUGCAGAACGCAUGGACAAAAUCUGUUUUUGGUUUUUUUUCUUAAUGUACAUAAUUUACUUCAUAAGUCUUUGUAUUAUCACCAGAACAGAGAUUUGUAAAGCCCAAAAGACAAUUCCCUGGGAUAAUGACAAUUCUUUCGAUCAUGGAUAUUGGUAUUUUUAUAAUGACACAGAAACUUAUUACUAUUUUUAUUAAUUAAUACAAACAAUACUAUGGUUUGAUUUAUAUAAAUUUUUCAUCACCAAUCAUCAUGUAUCCAUUUCUGUAUGUUUUCUGUGAAACAGAUUUUGAUUUGUUGUAUUGUCUAGUGUAAUAACUUUAUUACGUAGGGUAGAUUUUUCAAAGGUAUAAAGAACUGUAAACAUCUAUUUAUGCAUUUAUUGGAAUACUUGCAACGACUGUGUGAAAAUGGUGAUAUCAAACAGUUAUGCCAUACAAUUAACACUUAUAUAAAUAAUAGCUAACAAUAAAUACAAAAGCAGCAGUUUUUACAGAUAUAAUA